UGAUGAUGAUCAGCGAUCGGCGAAACCGAGGUAAACAAACAACAAACAAACAAACAAACAAGAUCGAUAAAAGCAGGUUGCAACUUGCUUUCGACAUCGACCAACAACCUCCAUAGGAUCACAAUCAUCUCAAAUCGCUCGUGAUGUCUCCUACCUUUCCGCCAACGGAGCACCAUACGUUCGUCAAGCGAGCCACUUCAGACGUCUUGACGCCUAAUGAUACCCAAAAGGUCACCCUGGGAGUAGCAGCCGGGUACAUUCUGGUAAUCGCUCUAUUAUGGCAUGCUCCUCUACUCAACAAGAUCAUCUACCCUUUCAAACUGCUCGUAGUUGGGAUGCACGAAGCCUCUCACGCUUUCGCGGGUGUCGUCACCUGCGCCGUUAUCGAGUCCAUCCAGCUGGACCCGGACGAAGGAGGUGCCACCCGGAUGCGAGGCGGGGUUCCCGCCAUUACCCUACCCGCUGGGUACCUGGGAAGUAGCCUGAUCGGAGCGGCCCUGAUCGCUUGUGGAUUCGAUAUCAAUGCUAGCAAGAUUGCUACAUGUGCCCUGGCCGUAGGGUUUCUCAUCACGCUCUGGUGGGCUCGAAACUCGUGGAUCGCUUGGAUCACCGUCCCGCUCUUCACCGGGCUGUUGGCGCUCUGUUGGCUGAUCUACGAUUCGGUACCUUUACGGUUCUUGGUCCUGUUCAUCGGCGUGAUGUCACGCUGCCUUCAUCAAGAUGCUUCUACGCCAUAUGGGAUAUCAUCGAUGGCGAACACGAUCAAGAGAAAGGUCAACGGUUCAGAUGCUAGCAGGUUCGCAGCCAUGAUCGGCUUCUUUGGACCUCGAGUCUGGGGUGUUAUCUGGUUGAUCAACUCUAUCAUCUUCUUCGCGGGCGGCAUCCUGAUCGGCAUCGCAGCGUUUAAGAGGAGCAGCGGCGAGCAACGUGAAGCUGCCGACCGAUUUAUGGGAGGAACGCCCGGCUGA